AUGAAUGGCGAAGGGCUGAUUCAGUUCAACAGCUCCAAUGAGCCCUUGAAGCUCUACUCCCGAGCUUGUAUCCUGUGCCGCCGCAAGAAAAUCAAGUGUGACCGUGUCCAUCCUUGCAAUCAGUGUGUGAAGUCUCACAAGCAAUGUGAGUUUAACUUGGACUCGGACAGCGGCCUGCUGCUGAGUUUGCCAUAUGUGAUGCUGGCACGAAACCCUCUGUUUGAUUUUCGUCCCCCGAAACGAACGAAGGUAGAGAGGCAGCCAGUUUCGUCAACGCAGACCUCGCAAUCUUCACCUCUCCUGGGAUCGUCCCUGUCGAAGUCUCCCGACCGGACGGGACAAUCCAACGGGCAACAAGGUCACGUCAUGGUGUCGAUUGACGAAUUCGCCAAGCUCAAGGAGAGGCUUUUGUCGAUCGAGCUGACUAUCACCAAUCGCCAAAAUCUGUCGGCUCAACCGGCGUCUUCGCAAACAAGCCCCGGAGGAUUCAAUGGGGUACCUAGUCCAGCCAGUUCAUUUUCAUCAGCCUCGACCUCCACUAAUGGGUUAUCAGUCAGAGGACAAACCCGACCCCACCCGUAUCUUGACCCUGAAGAGACUAUCAAUUUCUUCGAGGGGUACAACCCCUUGCACAACAAGGAAAAUUAUCGGACUCUUAACUUUGGUCCCUUCGCAUGGCUGCUGUUGUUGAAGAGGGAUAAGGCCAUGAAGUUGCUCUGGGACCACGUUCACAACAUCAGUAAAGGUGGGGACGUGUGCCAAUUUACGAUUAUGAAUCAAGUUGAAUCGUCCGAAAAGGAAAAAGGCCCCCAGACUGUUCUUGCUGAUGGGUCAGGCAAUGACGCUUUUUCCCGGAAAGAAUUGGCAUCGAACCAGUAUGCCGAUUCACUUCCGUAUGAUCCUACUCGGGCUGAGAAAAUUAGAAGAGCAACUUCAAAGCAUCUGGACAAGACUUAUCUGGCUCAGUGUGCUCAACUUGGACUCACGUAUAACGAAUACGACUCCGAACAGAACCUAUUGGUCAAUAUUCAACGUGUCUUACCGAAGAAAAAAGUAAUCUGGAAGUUGAUUCGACGGUUUUUCUCGCUUAUGUACCCUUACAUGCCGAUUAUUGAUGAACUGUCAUUCAUUCAAGACAUAUCUCAAGUUAUCGGUCCCGAAACGGUCGAAGACACGCCUGUGGAUUCUCUUUCAGUGAAGAGACGUUUGGAUUUAGCUUACCUUGGUCUUUUGUUAAUCAUCUUGCGUUUGGCUUACCUUCUGUUGUUUUACAAUAACCCUAAGCUUAACGAGAAAAAUUUGAAUAGCACCGAUCCACUGCCUCGGGCGCAGGAGCACAAAUAUCUCAUGCUCAAUCCCAUCAACAUAGAGCUGUUUGAGUUUGCCAAGCAAUGCCUUGACCAGUUCCAAUUCUUGCGGAAGUUUUCAUUCCCGGUUCUUCAGCUAGCGAUGUUUGUGCGGAUUUACAUGAUGUACGCACCUGAAGAAGGUGAAAUCUGUGAUUGUGAGUCGCAAGUGUUAGGUGGUGUGAUCACAAAGAUGGCAUUUGCCACGGGUCUCCAUCGAGACCCUGACAAUUUCCCUGAAAUGUUCCCUGACCCCAAGCAAAGAAAUUUGCAACGCAAGAUGUGGUACAUGAUCAUGAUGUGGGAUUGCUUUUAUGCUUGUACUGAGGGUCAUCCUUUCAGUUUUGACCCCAAUUUUGCUGAUACACGUCCGCCAUUUUACGAACCAGGUAAUGAGAAUAUUAGCGACGCUAAUUUGGACCGGUACGUUAUCGAGAGUUACAGUCGUUGUUUCCGCCCCGUCCCCAUUGCACGACAAAUCGCCAGUCUUGCCUUAAAUGUGCUGGGUCAGGUGAAGAUGCUGGAGUUAUGUCAUUUGCUUGAUAAUUUGGAUUACAUCGUGAGUACCGAGGGUACUAGUCUUGAGGAUAUUCUUUUGCAUAAAGGUCACGGUAAUACUUAUCUUUUCCAUACCAACUACCUGAUUAAGGUUUACGUGUUCAUGAGAAUGUUCCUUUGGGGGAUCUACCUUUAUUUGUUCCACUACUACGGUCAACGGCAAGAUGGUGACUUGUUUUUCCAUUAUCUCAAACGCUUAUUAGACAUAUCCAUCACUGACAUGAUGCCCCAUUACUUCAAAUUGCUUCUGAACCUGACCUAUGUUGGCGAUCUUGUAUUCAAUCCACUGCUCUUGAUGUUUAUUGCAAAACUGAAUCAACUCAACUGCUCUUUACUCAUUCGGUGCAACAUCAAGAUUUGGAACUUGCGUCAACGGAGUGAUCACAAGGUUAAGCUCGGGCUGGACCCUGGCUAUGCCGCCUAUUUCAAUGCGCUUUGCCGGCUUCUGCUGUGCAUUACCCGAGCAGCCGAGGUUCUGAUUCUGGCAUUACUGAAGCUCUCUCUGCGGUACUACUUUUCUUGGAGGGUGUCUAAGGGCCACACCUUGAUGUUACGUUUAGUCACUUCUAAUGAUUUCUACGCCCAAAAUGCACUGAAAGCUGAUUUUGGAAAUCCUGUGUUCACUCUCCAGCAAUGUGAGGAGGUUAUUAACAUCUACGAGGCUGCGCUUCAAAAGGUGGGUUCCGUGGCAAGUACACAACCUUUAGUACCCAACUUCAUGGUCACUAAGGAAGAACGGGCAUCGGACGAGAAUCGCCUGUAUGUCCCUGAUUUCACUAACCCCGACGCCACUCCCAUGAGUGCGACACCGAUGGCUCUGAGUGAUGAUCUGGUGUUGAAUGAUUUCACCUAUGAGGUAUCGGAAGACAUUGAUAAGUGGUGGUUCAAUCUCUUAACGCAAAGGCAACCGCAAACUCAAAAUCCAAUGGAUCAACCGUCUCUGAUUAUCAACCCAAUGGCGGACAAUUUCGCGAUCAUCGAUUUCUUUUCCGAUUUGCCUUUCCAAGAUGCAACGCCUCGAAUCUAG